CGAGCGCGCGGCGGAAGUGAGUCACGUGACGCGCCGCGCCGCGCCCCCAGCGCCAACGACGUUGUUGGGAGGGAAGCUGGCCCCGCGGCAGCUGGGCUCGGCAGCUGUGCGGCGGUGGCGGGUCAGUUUGGAGCCGGUGGAGGCCGCCGCGGGGCUCCAGUCAUGAACGAGUUGCUUGCUGGUCAUGCGCUGGUGGACCUGUGAGAUAGGCCAUUUAUUUUACCUCGUCGGGAACAUCGUUUCAGUUUGGCUUCAGCAAAGGCUUUCUCUUAAAGUCUUGAUGGUCGAGAGCCCACAUGACAGGAAGAUGUUACCGAGUACUUCAGUGAAUUCCCCAGUGCAGGGGAACGGGGUAUUGAGUUCCAGGGAUGCGGCCAGACACACAGCUGGAGCAAAACGCUACAAAUACCUGAGGAGGCUUUUUCGUUUCCGGCAGAUGGACUUUGAGUUUGCUGCCUGGCAGAUGCUCUACCUGUUCACUUCCCCACAGAGAGUUUAUAGAAACUUUCAUUACCGGAAGCAGACAAAGGAUCAGUGGGCCAGAGAUGACCCUGCUUUCUUGGUCCUGUUAAGUCUCUGGCUCUGUGUGUCCACUAUAGGAUUUGGCUUUGUGCUGGACAUGGGAUUUUUUGAGACGAUAAAGCUGCUCCUUUGGGUUGUAUUCAUAGACUGUGUAGGCGUCGGCCUUCUCAUAUCAACCUUAAUGUGGUUUAUCUCUAACAAGUAUUUAGUGAAACGGCAGAGCAGAGACUAUGAUGUGGAGUGGGGCUAUGCCUUCGAUGUGCAUCUGAACGCUUUUUACCCUCUCCUCGUCAUUCUGCAUUUUAUCCAGCUUUUUUUCAUCAACCAUGUCAUCCUAACGGACACAUUUAUUGGAUAUUUAGUUGGAAAUACCUUAUGGUUGGUUGCAGUUGGCUACUACAUCUACGUAACUUUCCUAGGAUACAGUGAGAAUAUAUGCAAAGUACUAAGGGCAUGCGGAAAAGAGAAAGAAAAUGUGACUGUCUACACUGAAAUGAAAAGUAUCAACUGUGCUGGCAGUGCAUCUUACAGUACUGUCGAUAUCCACCAUUUUUAAGGCUCAGAGACUGUGUCUUCAAAAGAAAACAAGGCUGUCUGGAAGCUGUUUGUUCAGCCUGCUGGGUAACCAGGUGACACUCCCCCAGGCUAAAGGCAACCAGCUAGAACCUCCAGCUGCCAGAGGCCUCAGCCACUGGCUACUCUGAAAGCUCAAGAGAUUCAAGCUCUGCACACCUGUAACCGCCUGCAACCCACCUGCGGACACCAGGCUGGUUGCGAACUGAUGUUGAUAAUUCAUAAUUUUGUAAAAGACUUUUGUAAAGAUCACCGAUUGCUAAGGCUGAUAAUAUUUUUGUUUAUAGUAGUGAUAUCAUGUGGAAUUUGCAUGUUUAAGAGCAAUAAAUACUCCAGAUGUGAAUUUACUUACAAGUUCAUAAUGCAAUAGAAUAAUUUUGGAAAAACAUACAACUGUUACAAUACCUUUCACCAAAAAACCAACAUUACAAUUUUGUUUUUCUUUAAAAUUAAACCAAUUAUGACUCAUACAAUAGCAUUACCUAGAAAACAUUUUGUCAGAACUCACGGAGUGCAGAUAUAAAAGCAUCAAGGAAAGAGAAAAUGCCUCUAAUUCAUGGAUUAAAGACAAAGAUUAAAAGAGAAGAGUCUGUCAUUUUACAUAUCAAAGGAAAUGUAAUGACUUCAGUCUAUGAUAAUUUGGGUUGAAUGCAUCACCCCUGCACAUUAAAAUUUAUCAGACUGAUUUUUUGUGACUACACACCAUACACAGUAUAGUAAAAUAACCCUCAAAAAGGACAUUGGUCUUUAAAAUCUUGGCUUUAAGGAAUGACAAAUGCCUUUGAAAAUAUUUUGUUCAGAAUCACUGUGAUUAUAAAAGUACUUCAGUUAGGAAAUCAAUCUAGAAUCAUUCUUAAAUGGCAGUGCAUUUGAAAAAUGGCAUUAACUUGUAAUGUUUGCAUUUCCAAAGAAAAAUAUAGAAAGAACUUAAAAAAGCAAGGUAACUGGUUUUCAAAAAAAGUAUUGAUUCAAAAAUUUACUGCACAAAAAUAUGUACUUCUUAAGUGUUUCUAAUAAAUUAACUCCAUAGCA